CUCUCUGCUUUUCCUUCCUCUCACACUUUCACCUUCCCUUUCUCCUAAUCCAAACUUUUUUCCUCCAUCCUGACCCUCCUCUUCCUCCUCCUCCCCCGUCUUGUAGGUGAGCAGCAUGAUUGGGCGGCAGGUUGGAGGGGUAGGCUUUUGGAAAUCACAUGGUUCACAUUUCCAGCCCUGGGAGACGCCAUUUUGGAGGAAAGUUUGGAAUUUGUAAACCUGGAGAGGUGAAGGAGCAGGAGGUGAAGGAGGAAGAACAGGGACAGAGGAGGAGGUGGUGGAAAAACCCAAACAGCAAGCAGAAGAGGGAUUUAGACUGAGAGAAGUUUGACACGGAUGGACAACGCUGGUAAUGAGUAGGAUAAGUGAGCCUGGACCUGAGGUGUGCCACCAGCCUGGAAGUUUUUUAUCUCGGUAAUAACCACCAGAGCCCCGCAGCGGAUCGCUUUCCUCCACCACAGUUGCAGCAGCGGUCAGCCUGUGCAUGCGCCGCCUGCACGGAAACGGACUGGUUUUUACACGGACUUUGACACAGUUCCUCAAGGCUAGAUUCACACUUUUUAACCAGCCGUGUGUCGCCACUGCGGUCAGCCUGCGCGGUGCACGGCGGGGCAGGGAGCCUCUCAGGCGGGGAACUACGGCGCGGAGAGUCGGUAACAGACGGAGCUGGUUCCGGGUUCCCGCUCGCUGUCGCUGGUAUUAGUUUGAACCGGGUCUGGUGUUGUUUUGUCUUUUUCCCCGGAGAGUUGGAGCUGUUAUUUUCGUUGGACGUGUCAGUCUCCCCUGACAGUUACUUUGGAGGUUUGUUUGGCUCGGAGCGGAACUUGGCGUUGUCGUGGACGGGUUUUCUUCAGCCCGACUUGGAGUGCUGACCGCCGUGUUUAACGGGCGGAAUAACGAAUAAAAACACUCGUGCUGUGUGGGGGUGUAUGUGGCUGACACACAACUAGACCGAGCCGAGCCGAGCUAGACCCGACCAUGCCCGUCAGAAAGAAAGAUGCACAGCGAGCCCUGCUGCUGCUGGAGGAGUACCGGGCCAAGCUGAACCACACAGAGGACCGGCAGCUCCGGCACUCUAUCCAGAGGGUCAUUGACAUCUUCCAGAGCAACCUCUUCCAAGCUCUCAUAGAUAUCCAGGAAUUUUACGAAGUGACCUUAUUGGACGGCCAGAGAUGGGCCGAGUCUUCCAGGGGCUCGGACCCGGCGGUGCCUGUCAACUUGUGGGACUUCUCCAGCCUUCAAAGCACAGCGGUGACCUCGGACACUGUGCCCAGCCUUAGCACCAGCAUCGAGGACUCGUCCCUCCUAAACGAAAUCCUGCACGCGUGGGCGCACUCCAAACGCUCGCCCAGCCCUGACAGACAAAAGUACAGGCACCACGAUGAGGACUCGUCCCCCCAGGACCAGAGCUCCCCCCAGCUGACAGAGGAGGCUGGGGGGCCAGAGCUGGUCCAGGUAGCAGAGAGGAACCUUUCCCAGAUUGAGAAUGUGCACGGAUACGUCACCCAUGCUCACAUCUCGCCCAUGAAGGUAGCAUCUCUGGAGUGCAUCUUUGACGGUUCUUCAAUGUUAGGACAACAUCACCCGGAGCUCCCCUCCCCUACGCCCUCCACCCUCUACCCCCACGGAGAGGACAGCCCCCUCCCCUCCUGCUCCUCCAACCCCUACCCCCCGAUCCAGGCCAAUCCUCCCCCGGUGGUGGUCAACACAGACAGCCUGGACGCACCUCCAUACGUGAACGGGGCGGAGGCUGAUUACGAGUACGAGGAGAUCACACUGGAGAGGGGAAAUUCGGGGCUGGGCUUCAGCAUCGCAGGCGGUACAGACAACCCCCACAUCGGUGAGGACCCCAGUAUAUUCAUCACCAAAGUCAUACCUGGAGGAGCUGCCGCCCAGGAUGGACGGCUCAGGGUCAACGACGUCAUCCUGAGAGUCAACGAGGUGGAUGUUCGGGAUGUGACUCACAGCCGAGCCGUGGAGGCUCUAAAGGAGGCCGGCUCUCUGGUGCGACUCUACGUCCGCAGGAGGAAAACCGUCUCUGAGAAAGUGAUGGAGCUCAAACUGGUGAAAGGACCCAAAGGUCUGGGCUUCAGUAUAGCAGGCGGAGUGGGCAACCAGCACAUCCCGGGAGACAACAGCAUCUACGUUACCAAGAUCAUCGAAGGAGGAGCCGCACACAAAGACGGGAGGCUGCAGAUUGGAGACAAACUGUUGGCUGUGAACAGUGCUUGCCUGGAGGAGGUGAGCCACGAACAUGCCGUCACUGCCUUGAAAAACACCCCGGACGUGGUCUACUUGAAAGUGGCAAAACCCAACAGCGUCUUCGUGAACGACAGCUUCGCCCCGCCUGACCUCACCAACUCGUACUCCCAGCACAUGGAGAACCAUAUCAGCCCCCCCAACUUCCUCGGCCAGUCCCUUCCCCCGCCAGCCUCCUCAGGACGCUACUCCCCGACCUCGAAGGGCAUGCUGGGAGAUGACGAUGUCACCCGGGAGCCCAGGAAGGUGGUGCUGCACAGAGGAGCCACAGGACUGGGCUUCAACAUUGUGGGCGGGGAGGAUGGAGAGGGCAUCUUCAUCUCCUUCAUCCUUGCCGGAGGACCAGCCGACCUCUCUGGAGAGCUGAGGAAAGGAGACAGACUCGUGUCUGUGAACGGGGUGGACCUCCGUAACGCCACCCACGAACAAGCCGCCGCCGCCCUGAAGAACGCUGGGCAGACGGUGACCAUCAUCGCCCACUACAGACCGGAGGAGUACAGCCGGUUUGAGGCGAAGAUCCAUGACCUGAGAGAGCAGAUGAUGAACAGCAGCAUCAGUUCUGGAUCUGGGUCUCUGCGCACGAGUCAGAAGAGGUCGCUCUACGUCAGAGCCCUGUUUGAUUACGAUAAGACCAGAGAUUCUGGUCUGCCCAGUCAGGGACUCAACUUCAAGUUCGGAGACAUUCUGCACGUGGUGAACGCCUCUGAUGAUGAGUGGUGGCAGGCCAGGCAGCUGACGGCACAGGGGGAGGUGGAGGAGGUGGGGGUCAUCCCCAGCAAGAGACGGGUUGAGAAGAAGGAGAGAGCGAGAUUAAAGACGGUGAAGUUCAACGCCAACUCGGACUCUCAAAGCCUCUGCUCUGGACCAGUAACCAGCCACACAGUGUCUCAGCUGGAGCUUCACUACACCCGUCCCGUCAUCAUCCUCGGCCCCAUGAAAGAUCGGAUCAACGACGACCUGAUCUCUGAGUUCCCCGACAAAUUCGGAUCCUGCGUCCCACAUACGACCCGGCCGAAGCGGGACUACGAGAUGGACGGCAGAGAUUAUCACUUCAUGGUGUCCAGAGAGCAGAUGGAGAAGGACAUCCAGGACCACAAGUUCAUCGAAGCGGGGCAAUACAACAACCACCUGUAUGGAACCAGCGUCCAGUCGGUCCGGGAGGUGGCAGAGAAGGGUAAACACUGUAUCCUGGACGUGUCGGGGAACGCCAUCAAGAGACUGCAGCUGGCCCAGCUUCACCCCAUCGCCAUCUUCAUCAAGCCAAAGUCUGUGGAAAACAUCAUGGAGAUGAACAAGCGUCUAACGGAGGAGCAGGGCAGGAAAACCUUUGACAGAGCCACCAAGCUGGAGCAGGAGUUCACCGAGCAUUUCACAGCCAUCGUGCAGGGUGACACUCUGGAGGAAAUCUACGAGCAGGUGAAGCAGAUCAUCGAGGAGCAGUCGGGUCCCUUCAUCUGGGUCCAGUCCAAGGAGAAGUUAUGAAGCUCCGUCGCUCCUCCUCCUCUCUUUAGAUUCACUUGGUUUUAUUUUGAAAAGAAACAUUGACCUGCAGAUGGCAGCCUCCUGCCCCCCACCCCCCAUCAACAGCUGAGAGUUUUGUUGUUUUGUUUGUGUUUUUGGCCUGAACCAGACUUUGGUUGUUUCCUGACCAGCAGAGAAAAGCACACAGGAGGUGAUGACACGGUACAGCUCCUUAAUGUUUAAGGGAGGAGAACUUCAGACGACGAGGAUGAGUCCACGACGUGGCGAGAAGAAACGUACGAAGCAGAAUUUCUCUUUUCUUUUUGUUUGUGGGUUCCCCCCCUUUAUUCUUGUAAGGUGAGCAGGCGGACGGAGUUUCAGUCUCAGGCAGCGUCCGUCGGCACGGAGGAAGGCGGAGACACAAACAGCAAAACUUUGCACGUUUGAGCUUUAACAGCAUGUCAGUUAAUAGCCUGUUUAUUUCCCAUCAGCCCCCUCGCCUCAGCUUCUCUCUUCUGUUCCGCAUGCAUUUCAUCUUUUUGUUGUUUUUACACGUUUUGUCGAACCUUUUUGAUUCUGGCCGCUGCUGGAUGUUUGUCUGGAUGCUGUGCAGGGCUCCCGCUCUGCUGCUAGAGGGCGCUGUGCACCUUCACACUGAAAUCUGAUGGUUUGAUUUUAGCCAGAAAUGUUUUUAAAAGUUCAAUAAUGAAGCAAAUCCAGCUCCAUAGUAGUCGGUCACGUCCUGAACACUGAAUGAAUUUGAUUUUACUGCCAAACUUUUGCUUUUUAAACGUUUAGCUUUAAUGAGGUCAAAGGUCAAACGGCAGAAAAAUGUCCUCAUGUUUUCUGUUUGUGAAUCUUAAAGCCUCAUUUUCUCCGAGAAGAUAAAAUGUGUCAGUGCAGCGAGAACAUGAAUGUGCGGUGAGCGACGAAGACACAGAAGGAAAACGAAUGUCAUCAUUAUGACUUAGUUUUGUAAUAACAGGGUAGUUUUAGUCCCAGUUUACCUGUAAACUAAACUAUGCAGACAACAAAAAAAGCCUUAAGAUAAAUAUCUCAUAAUUACCAGGAAAUAAUCUCAACAUUAGAGAAAACAUUUCAGUUUCCACUUAAAGGAAAAUGUUUAUAAUUAACACAAAGUACGAUUACAACAUAAUAUUUUAAAGAAUUACAAUGAAACUCUCAUUGUAAGGAGAAAUCUUAACUAUAAACCCUGGACACGUCUCAAUCAGCAGGCAACAAUCUCAACUCUUAAAUUGCAAGAACAAUCUUUUGUCUCAGAAGUGAUGGAAACAACCCAGAAAGCUGAUGCCAUGAGGUAGCUCGUGGACACGCUGCUUCCCACAGGCCGGCUUGACGUUUCCCUCCUGCUGGGCCGCAGCCAUGAUCGAGUGUCCGCAGGUUCUGCUGGUGAUGCGUUGUUAAAAUGUUGUCGCUGCACUGUCGCAUUUUCUUUUAGAAAGUUUGAUUUUAGAGUCAAAUUCAGGCAAAGUGAGUUUGGUUUCAGACUAACUGUCCGGGUGUCGCGGGCCUUCUGUGACACGAGUUCGAACCCUGCCAGUGUCUGCGUGCAGCCGUCAGCGGCGUCAGUGUCUUACCAUGAAAAUGACAUUGGUCAUUUGUGUCGUGACCCUGGAGUCCAGCUGCCACCUCCAGGUGUGGCCAGAUGUGUUGCAACGUGCGGGCGAUUAUUGUACGAGAUUUGAACCGAUAUUUACCCCUCGGUAAACUGCCUAUUUUGUUAUAAUAAAGUCUAUAUUGAACUUUACUUAAGCACUACUACAACAGGAAUUAUUUUCUUUGCAUUGUUAAUCAUAUAUGAAUAGAAAAGUAUAAAGAUAUUUGAAUAUGAAUAUAUAUUUUUCCCUUUUCUUUGAUCACCACCUCCUCUGUCUUUUAAUUUUCUUUUUUAA